AUGCGCUACUCUUCCGCCGUGGUGAUUAGCACCCUCGCUGUUGGCCAGGCCGCCGCCUCCAACAUGCACAACCGUCACGCCAGCUUCCAUGCGCGCCGUCAAGCUGAUACCAAGCGCGGCGCUGAAGCCGAAAUCGCCUGGGACAAGAUCGCCUACGACCUCAAGGACGUGAACUGGGAAAAGGUCAACUGGAGCUCCGUCUUCAACACCCCAACUCCUACCCCGGUCGUUGCCCCCACCCCAACUCCCGAGCAAAAGAAGCCCGAGUACAAGGCGCCUGAGGUCAAGAAGCCUGAGCCUACCACCACCAAGGAGGCGGCCAAGCCUACCCCAGAAGCCAAGAAGGAAGAAGCCCCAACUUCGACCAGUGCAAAGGCCCCGGAGCCCUCGGUGAAGAAGGAGUCGAUCAAAGGCUCAAUCAAGGACACCCUCAGCGACGUCGUCUCCGAUGUGCUGAACGGUGUCGCCGGGAUCGCAGGCAAGGUUGGCGCUAAGAUUGGCAAGAACGACAAGAGCAACAACGGCGGUAUUUGGAUUGGAGACGACAGCGACUGGCAGGCUGAGUUCACCAACGACGCCAGCAAGAACGCUGUCCUGUACUGCUGGAAGGCCAACGGCUUCUCCGGUAUGUCUGUCAACGUCAACGUGCCCGAAGUCUCCGUCGGCCUCAAGCCUGGCGAGAAGGUCACCCUCUCGUUCGCGCCCAAUGUCCCUGCUGCCUGUGCUCCGGCUUUCAUCGACACUUCCCUUGCCAUCUUCGGUGGCUGGGACCAGACCUGGUUCGAGGUCACCUUUGGCCAGUUUGGUGCUUUUGACAUUUCCCGCAACGUCAACAUGAACGGCUGCAACAUCAGCUCCAAGGGCUCCAAGUGCACCUCCGACAUGAACACCUGCGUCUUCAAGUGCAAGGACAGCAGCGUCAAGUCCUGCGAGAAGGGCGCCGACUACGAUCUCUUCAACUGCGGCGCCAGCUCUGGUGGCGGCGGCGGUUACGAUACCGUCAUGGCCGGCACCGGUGGUGGUUGCGCCAUGGGCUCUUCAGGCGAGAAGAUCUCCGUCAACUUCUCUUAA